AUGUUCAAGCCGCUCGGCCUGCUCGCCAGCAUCCCCUGCCCGGACCUCGCAGACGGCAAAUGCCAGACCCUCCGCGUCAAUUGCCCCUUCAGCCACUCUUCACCGCCACCAUCGACGCACAGCUCGAUCGCCACAGCCACAGCAGCAAAGACAAUCAAAUCGACAGGCACCGCCAGCCCCUCGCCCUCUUCAUCGCUCCCGAAGCGUCCUGUCUUGUCUCUAGGCACCGGCACCUCGACCAUCUCGCCCUCCGUCAAAAAGAGCCUCGCCCCGUCCACCGCUGUCGGCACCUCCUCUGCUCCCAGCCAGCCACCGGCGAAAAAGGCUCGCAAUGCCUACGUAGCCACAUCCAGAGCCUCCGCCGCCGCCUCGACUUCGACAGCCGUCACCGCCACCACCAGGGCCCCAGCAAAGGCGCCUGCUCCCCUGCCACCACGACCCGCGACGACCUUCUCAAAGUCUGCCACCGCCAUUUCCGCUUCAAAGGUUGCCACAGAUGGCUGGUCAAACGUUCCUAUCCAGCCUCCCACCAUCACCUUCAGGCAGCAUCCCAGCAGCUCCCAGAUCUCGCUUGCUCAGCGACAGGGCAGCAUCAAGACGCUCUACAGCACCUUUGUCGCCGCCUACGCCCCCCUGCUCAACAGCACCCACUCGAUCGUCCGCGGCGCCGCUCAGAGGCUAGCCCACGACCACACCCUAGCGCAGGAGAUGCAGCUCUUCAAGGAGGCCACCAAGACGAGCUACAAGUCCUCGUGCGUCAGCGCCAUCCUCGGCGUCAAGAAGCGCAACGCCGAAGUGCUCGGCAACUACGCGCGUCUGGCAGAGCAGGAGGCCGUCGAGAUCGAGGCCGCUGCCGACGACAACAGCGGCGCCGCGGUGGGCUCGGCCGAAAGAGCCGUCAUGGAGCUGCUGCUCGCCUGUCCCGAGACGGGCACCGCGCUCGAGGUGCGCAAGAAGCAGGCCCAGGCCGAAGCCAGGGCCAAGGGCAAGCUGUCCAAGCACAGGCUCGCGCAGGCGGGCUUCAUCUGCCCAAAGGGCGACCUCGAGCGUCACGGCUUCCUGGCCAGCCUGCCCGACGAGUGGAGGGAGGUGGGCGGCAGCAAGCCGGACAGCGUCGGCGAGUACAAGGAGUGCAUCCGAUGCGGCAAGAAGUUCUGCGUUGGCGGCGAGAUGAACGAGGUCGGCACCGAGCGCCUGCCGCAGGACCAGCACGAGUGCAGAUACCACUACGGUAAAAAGCGCUACGAACGCGCCGAGGGCCAGCGAGGCAAGGUGCAAGUCUGGCGGUGCUGCGGCCGCCCGGUCGAGUCGAGCGCGUUUGGCGACGACAGCUGCUGCCUGGGCCCGCACGUCUUCAAGGAGGAGGCGGCGUCGGACCUCAACCUGCGCGAAGGCUUCAUCACGACGGCCGAGCUGUCGGCCUCGCUGGCCGACGAAGGGGCCGCCACCGACCACCUCGACAUCGUAGCGCUCGACUGCGAGCUGUGCUUCACCACGGCGGGCAUGAGCCUGACGAGGCUGACGCUCAUCUCCGAGGACGGCUCCGUCAUCCUCGACGAGCUGGUACGCUCCCGCGCCCAGGUCGUCGACUACAACACCCGCUUCUCGGGCAUCCAGCCGGAGCAGUACGAGCGGGACGCGGUCCUCGACCUGGCGGGCGCCCGGCGCGCCAUGGGCAGGUUUGUGGGCGAGUCGACCAUCCUGGUGGGGCACGGACUGGAAAACGACCUUCUAGCCAUGCGGCUGGUGCACACGACCGUGGUGGAUACGGCGCUCCUCUUCGCCCACCCGCGCGGCCUCCCCUUCCGUCUGGCCCUGCGCGAUCUGACGUCCAAGUACCUCGGCAAGAUUAUCCAGGCUUCGGGCGCCACCGUCGGGCACUCGAGCGCCGAAGACGCGCAGAUGGCCCUCGAACUCGUCCGCUGGAAAAUCGUAAACGACCCCUUCACCCCCUUUGGUGGAGGUGGCGGCGGUGGUGGUGGAGGGGGAUCAGGAGGGGAUGGGACGAAGAAGGAAGGUGAUGCUUUGACCGAUGCGGCGUCGGCCUCGGCGUCGGCGUUGGCGGUCAAGCCUAAGCCUAAAGGCGUACCUGUCGUUGGCGUUUCUGUCUAA